CGGCCGGGUUGGGGUGUUCUAUGUACUGCUUCCCGCUCUCCUCCCGUCUUCCUCCUUUCCUGCGAUGCGUUUCGAUGCGCGGCGUUGCACUGCGCUGCAACAACACCACCGUCGUUGGCUAGCGGUGAGGACGCCGCAAUGGCUCAGUGGCUCACUGGACGGUGGACGGUGGCAUGGCAUGGCAUGGCGUUGUUCAAUUCAUGCUUUGGCAGGACAAUGGCCAAUGGGAGGGCAGAUCGCCGGCUCGGUUCGUAGCCGAAGUCAAGGGCUGGAUGCGGCCGGUGACAGAUGGCAGGGCAUACAUACAUAGACAUUGACAUCUUUUUUUGCGCCGCCAAACGGAUUUUUUUUGUUGUGUGUGUUCAGUUUUUCGACUCGACUCGACUCCAUGGUUCUGCUGUCGCAGCCUGUGCCCCCCGCCUUCUUGCCCCCCGCCGCCGUCGCCGCCGCCGCUGCUGCUGAUUGCGGGGCCCCAGACGAGCUGCGCCAUGGAUCCCGACGUCGAGAAGGAGCCGUCACCACCUGUUCCUAGUGCCGACAGCGCCUUCGCUCCCGCCGCCAUCUCCGCCAUCUCCGCCAAGUCGCACGACGUGCCACAACAGCAGCAGCCGCAUGGCAACGACAUCUCGCUGCGCGCCGUCGCGCCCGUCGACGUCCAGGUGCGCAAUCUCAGCGUCGCAGUGGACGUCUCGCCCAGUGGGCCAGCGCCGCUCCUCCGCUCGCUGCUGUCCGGCUCCUCCUCCGCAAACCCCGCCGCCCAAAAACAAUGGAAGACGAUCCUGGCCGACGUGUCCGCGGACAUGGCAGCCGGCAGCCUGACGGCCAUCAUAGGCGGCAGCGGCAGCGGCAAGACGACGCUGCUGAACGUGGUCGCGGAGCGGAUGCGAGGGCGGCGCCUGCGCGUCUCUGGCAACGCGCUGUUUAACGGGCAGCCGGCUGCGCUGACGAAUCUCAGCUCCGCGUACGUCAUGCAGCAGGACGUGCUGGAGCCGACGCUCACGGUGCGCGAGACGCUACGCUACGCGGCGGACCUGCGGCUGGGGGCGGGGGUGAGGGCGGCCGAGCGGCGCCGCGUCGUCGAGGAGGUGAUAUUGGAGCUGGGGCUGAAGGAGGCGGCGGACACGCGCGUCGGGAACCAUGCCCAUAAGGGGUGUAGUGGGGGGGAGAAGAGACGGACCAGUAUUGGCGUCCAGUUGCUUGCAAAUCCCUCGGUCCUGUUCCUUGAUGAGCCGACCACCGGGCUGGACUCUACCAGUGCGUACCAGCUGGUGCGGACGCUGAAGAACCUCGCGGCCAAAGGGAGGACCAUCAUCACGACCAUCCACCAGCCCCGCUCCGAGAUCUGGAACCUCUUCGACAACCUCGUCCUCCUAGCCAAAGGCACCCCCGCCUACUCCGGCCCCGCCGCCUCAAGCCUCCCCUACUUCAGCAGCCUAGGGCACCCGCUGCCGCCCUUUGUAAACCCCGCCGAACACCUCAUCGACAUUGUGGCGAUCGACAUCCGAACCGCAGAAGCAGAGGCAGCGUCUUCCGCCCGCGUCGAGCGCAUCAAAGCCGCUUGGCGGAGCAAAGAAUCCACUCUAUUCACCGACACCAACGAUGUCUCAACAUGCGUCCAAGACCCCGCGACCACCACCACCCCACCCAAAAGCACAAGCACAAAACACCACCACGCGGCCUUCGCACGCCAAACCGCCGUCCUGACCGCCCGCACCUGGACCACCACCCUCCGCGACCCGAUGGGCAUGGCGGGCAGCCUGGUCGAAGCCACCAGCAUGGGCAUCAUCACCGGCUACAUUUUCUACCAACUCGGUUCGGACCAAGCCGGGAUCCGGUCACGGCAAGGCGCGUUAUACAAUGCCUCGGCACUGCAAGGCUACCUGAUCCUGCUGUACGAGGUCUACCGGCUCACAAUCGACAUCAGCGUGUUCGACCGCGAGCGCAGCGAGGGCGUCGUCGGCGUGCCUGCGUUCUUGCUGUCCCGCCGCUUGGCGAGGGUGCUGGUCGAGGACGUGCCGGUGCCGCUGCUAUUUUCGCUGAUCUUUUACUUCAUGGCCGGGUUCAGGGCGGAUGGCGCGCAGUUCUUGACGUUUUUCGCCGUUAUGCUGCUCGAACAGUAUAUUGCUGUCUGCUUCGCCAUGACCUGUGUCGCUGUGAGUAGGAACUUUGCCGGCGCGAGUCUGGUCGCCAAUAUGGCGUAUACGCUGCAGAGUAUGGCGUGUGGGUACUUUAUCCAGAGUAACUCGAUCCCGGUGUAUGUGCGGUGGACGAAGUGGAUUGCUUAUGUGUACUACGCCUUCGGCGCGCUCAUCUCCAACGAAUUCCACAACCACGUCUACGCCUGCCCGGACGCCGACCCCUCCUCCCCCGCCUGCGCGCAGUACCAAGGCGCCUACAUCAUCGCAUCGCUCGGCUUCCCCACGCACGGCUGGAUCUGGCGCCCCAUCAUCAUCCUGCUCGCCUUCGCACUAGCCUUCUACCUGGGCGCCGGCCUGAUCCUGCGGUUCUGGAAAACCGAGCUCCAGAUCUCGCGCGCGCGCGCCGACGACGACAGCGACGCCUCCGCGGGCAAGGAAGUCAUCUCCCCCCGCGCGAAGGACGAGGUCCGCGCCGUGGGCAUCCGGCUCGAGGACUUUGCGCUCGAUGUCCAGAAGCGCUCGUGGUAUGGGGGCGAGGGGAGGAGGUUGCAGGUCCUGAGGCCCCUGAAGGCACGGUUUGAGCCCGGCGUGCUGAAUGUCGUUAUGGGGCCGUCGGGGUCGGGGAAGACGACGCUGCUGAACGCUAUGGGCAGACGGUUGAGAAACGAUUGGUUGACGCGCUAUCAUGCCCACGGCGCGAUGCUGGUUAAUGAUAAGUUGCCCUCGGAUCGCGUCGUCGAGUCUGUUGUCUCGUAUGUGACGCAGGACGAUGACGCACUGCUCUCGUCUUUGACGGUGCGGGAGACGCUGCGCUUCGCAGCAGGCCUCCGCCUCCCCUCCUGGAUGAGCACGGCCGAAAAGCACGCGCGCGCAGAAUCCAUCCUCCUGAAAAUGGGGCUCAAAGACUGCGCCGACACGCUCAUCGGCAACGAGCUCGUCAAGGGCAUCAGCGGCGGCGAAAAGCGGCGCGUCACCAUCGCGGUGCAAAUCCUGACAGAGCCGCGGGUGCUGCUGCUAGACGAGCCGACAAGCGGGCUCGACGCCUUCACCGCGGCCUCCAUCAUCGACGUGCUGCGCGGGCUGGCGGACGAAGGGCGUACGCUAAUUCUCACGAUCCACCAGAGCCGCUCGGAUCUGUUUGCGUGCUUUGGCACCGUGCUGUUGCUUGCGCGCGGCGGGUUCCCGGUUUACGCGGGCCCUGGGAGCGAGAUGUUGGGCUAUUUUGAACGCUUGGGGUUUCCGUGCCCUCGCUCGACGAAUCCGGCCGAUUUUGCCCUCGAUCUUAUUACCGUCGAUUUGCAGCAUGCGGCGCGCGAGGCGGCGAGUCGUGAGAAGGUGCAGACGCUUAUUGAGGCGUGGGGGCAGUCGUCUGCGCCCGCGUCCUCGCAUAACAAUGACAACAACAACACCGCCUCCACGACCGACGAUGCCGCAGCAGCACACACGCACGCGCCCGCGGAGCUCGGCAGCCUCGCCCGCGUCGCCGCCCCCUUCCGCACGGCAUACCCGCUGCUCGUGCAGCGCGCCCUCCUCAACAUCCGGCGGCAGCCACCAUUAAUGCUGGCGCGGAUCAUGCAAGUCGUCGGGCUCGGGCUGAUUCUCGCGCUCUUCUUCGCGCCGCUCAAGCAUAACCAAGCCAGCAUCCAGAACCGGCUGGGCUUCAUCCAAGAAAUCGCGCCCAUCUACUUCGUCGGCAUGCUGCAGAACGUCGCCGCCUACCCCGCCGACCGCGACGUCUUCUACCGCGAGCACGACGACGGCGCGUACGGCGUCGAGGCGUUUUUCGCGGCGUACACGACGCUGGAAGCGCCGUUCGAGGCCGUGACGGCGCUGCUGUUUGCCGUGCUGGCGGACCUGGCGGUCGGGCUGCCCAGAACCGUCGACGUGUUUUUCGUCGUCGCCAUGAACUGCUUCUGCAUCGUCAGCUGCGGCGAGAGCCUCGGCAUCGUGUUCAACACGCUGGUGCCGCACACGGGCUUCGCCGUCAACGUGACCAGCGUGUUCUUGAGCGUCGCGCAGAUCAUGGGCGGGAUUAUGAGUCUGGAUAUGCCCCCGUUCCUGCGGGACAUGAACUUCCUCAGCCCCGUCAAGUAUGUCGUUGGCAGUUUGGCGCCGUGGACGCUGGAAGGGAUAAGGUUCUCGUGCGAGGAUGGCCAGCGCCUGCCCGGGGGCGGCUGUCCGAUUGAGAGCGGUGAGCAGGUUUUACGCCUGUAUGGCCUCGAUGGCGAUAGGAGACUGAAUUUGGUUUGGCUCGCGGUUUGUACGCUCGUUUAUCGCGCGGUGGCGUUUGUGGUGUUGAAGGCGAAGAGGGAGCGGUGGGGCGUGAGGAGGGGGAGGGGUGGGGCGUAGGUAAGAGUGGAGUGGUUCUUUUGAUGUUUUCAUGAUGGGAGGUUGUCAAGACGCUGUUCGUUGCCCAACUUAUCCUCGGCUCCCGAGUAAUCUAAUGCAUUUACACGCUUUUACAUGUCUCGUUAUCUACAAUCUAUAUACACUAUACACAUUCUCUUCUCUAUCCGAC